AUGGAAAUUGAUCAUGAAGAAAUGGGUGUGAAGUAUGCCGUAAAAUAUGCCAUACCUGCUCAUAAUGGUGAUGUUAGAACUAUAGCGGCUACUAGAUAUCCAGAAAAUAGUUUUGUUACAGGGUCUAGAGAUAGACUGGUUAAGCUGUGGGCUCCGAAUACUGAUGGUGGCUAUAACGAAGCUACUGUGUUCUGUGGAGCCACUAAGUAUGUAUCAAGCUUGUGCGCUUUGCCAGCUAGUGAUGAAUAUCCUGAAGGUCUAAUUUUAGCUGGUAGUAAUGAUUGUUACAUUUAUGGAUUUGCUAUCAAUCAUGCAGAACCUGUCAUGAAAUUACUUGCUCAUUCUGGCAAUGUUUGUUCUUUGUCUGCUGGACCUAUUGGGACUUUUGUAAGUGGAUCAUGGGAUAAAACAGCAAGAGUUUGGUCUGGACAGAAAUGUCAUUUAGUUUUAAGUGGCCAUCAGGAAGCAGUUUGGGCAGCUGAGUUUCUGCCUGAACCAAAUCUUGUUCUAACUGCCUCAGCGGACCAUACUAUUCGUUUGUGGUGCUCAGAAAAAUGCGAAAAAGUUUACGAAGGUCAUACUGAUUGUGUAAGAGGUUUGGCUGUUUUACGUGUUGGGAAUUUUUUGUCGUGUAGCAAUGACUACACAGUGCGGUUGUGGUCCAUAGAGGGCAACUGCUUAGCGAUUUAUAAGAGUCAUAGCUCUUACAUAUACGGAAUAACUCUCUUAAACACCGGAGGAGAUUUUGCAACUUGUGGGGAAGACGGUAGAGUAAAAAUUUGGAGAAAUGGAGACUGUGUGCAAAGUAUAAACUUUUCUGGCAAAACAUUGUGGUCAAUAACUUGCGCAUCGAAUGGAAAUUUAGCAGUUGGAUGUAGUGAUGGAACCUUGUAUAUUCUUGGGGAAAUACCUACUGGAGACGCUCCUGGAGAAGUUUUAGAGGAGAAACACUUGCGCGAAAUUUUUGGAAAGCAGCAUAAUGUUGACAGCACCAUCCUAGAUAAAGGAGAUUUUGAUGGCGAAACGAGGUUGGUUUUUGAACAAGAGAAUGAUUGUAUGGUUGUAUAUUCAUGGGAUGCCACAACAAGCCAGUGGAAAAAGAAGGAUGUCGUUUCAGAAGGGGUGAUUGGAAAUAUAGCUAAAUCACAUCAAGUUAACAAAGAAGGGGUGAAAACCUUGAACUUUAACGUUGAUGUUGAAGGUGUCAUGUAUCAAAUUGGGUAUAAAGCGGGUGAAAAUCCUUGGGAUGUAGCUCAGAAAUUUGUAGUUGAGCACAAUUUAGCAGUCGACCACAUUGCACAGAUUGCAACUUUCAUCUUAGACAAAACAGGUGAUGGCUCAUGGAAUGCUAAUGAUGUUUUAUAUAAGGAAAAAUUUAUCAGCUAUUCAAUUUCAAACGUUGAUGGUCUAGCUGCAAAGUUGGCUGAAUUCAACUCGAAAGUGGGUAAAGAACAUCAACUGUCAGAAGACGAAUUGAAAAGCCUCAUGGUUUUAGUGACUUUGCCUAAAACAGUUACUGUGAACCAGAUGACUGCACUAGAAACUGCUCUCAUGUGGGAGGAUGAAUACUUGUAUCCAGUUUUGGAUUUAUUACGUUUGGCAGUGAAAUCCGUUGGAAUGCAUAGCAAUACUUCUAAUCCUAGUUUCAUAAAUUACCUUUUGCAAGUGUUGCCCUCAAACGAAAUGUUGGAUGAAUCGCAAUUUAAUCAUUAA